AUGGGUGUUGGAGGCGUUGGGCGUCAGCUCCUUCAACACAUUGUCUCCUGUCGAUCUCUCCACGCUAAACAGGGAAUUCACUUGAGAGUUGUGGGAGUAUCUGAUAGUAAAUCCUUAGUUGUUGCAUCGGAUGCAUUUACUAUGGAGUUGGGUGAUACAUUUUUAAUGGAAGUUUGCCGGGUCAAGUCGGAUGGUGCUUCUUUGUCCACAAUUAGUGGUUGUGGUGAAUCCAAGGUAUUCACAAAUUCAGAAUCAACCAAAAAGAUUAUAGAUGUUGCUGCUUUCUUGGGCAAAUCGACAGGCUUGGCUCUUGUAGAUUGCUCUGCCAGUUCUGAGACUAUUCCCGUGCUAACCCAAGCAGUUGAUUUGGAUUGUUGCAUUGUCAUGGCAAAUAAGAAACCUCUGACUUCGACAAUGGAGGAUUAUGACAAAUUAAUUUCAUACCCAAGGCGUAUUCGCCACGAGUCAACUGUUGGUGCUGGCCUUCCUGUCAUAGCAUCCUUAAAUCGCAUACUUUCUUCUGGAGAUCCUGUCCACCGCAUUAUUGGGAGUUUGAGCGGGACAUUGGGUUAUGUAAUGAGCGAGGUUGAAGAUGGAAAGCCACUAAGCCAAGUUGUUCAAUCUGCUAAAAACCUGGGUUACACUGAACCAGAUCCACGUGAUGACCUUAGUGGGAUGGAUGUCGCAAGAAAGGCUUUGAUACUUGCAAGGCUUCUUGGUCGGUGCAUUAAUUUGGAUGACAUUAAGAUUGAGAGUUUGUAUCCUGAAGAAAUGGCACCUAGUGUAAUGUCUAUUGAAGACUUUCUGGGAACUGGGAUAUUAUCGCUCGAUAAAGAUAUCCAAGAGAGAGUCUCUAAGGCUUCUUUGAAUGGGAAUGUGCUACGUUAUGUCUGCGUGAUUGACGCCUCAAGGUGUCAAGUUGGCAUUCAAGAGCUUCCAAAGGAUUCUCCUUUAGGAAGACUGAGAGGAAGUGACAAUGUGUUGGAGAUUUACACGCGAUGUUAUAAUGACCAACCGCUGGUCAUUCAAGGAGCUGGAGCUGGCAAUGAUACUACAGCAGCUGGUGUCCUUGCUGAUAUCAUUGACAUUCAGGAUUUAUUUCCGUGA